GACCAAUCACAAAGAAGAAUGAUUUUCCCAUAAACAAAGUUUAUGAUCAUUUGCAUAUGUCUCAGUUACUUUUGUUUGUUACAUUCUAAUGAAGUUAAAACACCAAUGUAUCAAUGUUAAUCUAUUAUAGAUCAUAAACUAUUCAAUAGAAUCUAAUAUGAUGAAUGAAUCAAGAAUAUCUUCAAGAGUUAAUCAACGAAAUGGGAAAUUAUGUCAUCAUUUCAAUGAAAUAGAAAAAGAUUAUUCAAUACAUGAUCUAACAGAUGACGAUGCUGCUGAUGCUGCUGCUGCUGCUGAUGAUGAUGAUCAUAACCAUGAUAGUCAUCAUUCAAUAUCAUAUUCAGAGGAUGAAUCUACUUUGAAAUCAAUCUAUACAAACUCUUCUAAGAAAUCUAAUUUCUCUCAAUUCUUAUUUCAUAAGGCAAUAAAUCUUUCAAAAAAACUUAAAUAUUAUAUCAUGCAUAGUAUUACAUUAUUUCAUGAAGAUUUCUAUGGUUUAUCAUGGUCAGAAGCAAAUGAUCGAUUACAAUCCACUUAUGGAUUAUCUAUUAAUACCAAUAUGAAUAUCUCAUCUAAAAAUGAUAGUAGAACAUUACGUCAUUUUAGUACAUCUAUAUUACCAAAUGAUUGUACUACUACCAAUACUACUCAUACUACUACUCAUACUACUACUAAUACUACUACUGAUACUACUACCAAUACUACUAAUACUACCCCUAUGAAUAGAAUGCCACGUAGAUAUUCAGAAAGACAUUCAUUACAGAAACAUUCAAGACUUUAUCAAUUAGAUAAACCAUAUUAUAUACAAUGUAAAUUCAUUGAAUCAAAUAGAACUCGAUAUGAUACUACAAACAAUCCAAUAUAUAUGGAUUAUAAUUUAAAAAAGAAUAAUUUGCCAAAAAAUCAAUAUCCAAUCGAUAAAAUCAAUAAACAAUUUAUCAGUAAUCAUGAUCCAUUAUUCAUGAAUCAUUGUUGUCAUAGUAACAAUCAUGAUUUAAAUUUAUUAACAUUUAAAAAGAAUGAUAAACAUAGAAUUGAAUAUAAAGAUGUAAAACAAAUAGAAAUAACAACUAAUGUAUUAAAUGAUCAUCAUCAUCAUCAUCAUCAUCAUUAUCAUCAUGGAGAUUAUCAAUCAUUAAAGGAUAUAAAACAUUGGUUGAUACAUUUAAAAGAAAGACGACGAAAAACUUCCAUGGAAUUACAGGUACUAAGUAAUGAUAAUAAUACUAAUAGACGAAUUCAUAAAUCCCUAUCUGAUUGAUGGAUAUUCUAUGUAAAACCAUGAUGAGGAUGAUGAUGAUUCGGAUGAUUCGGAUGACGAUGAUGAUGAUGAUGGUCAAACUCAUUUGAAUAUAUUGUACAGUGAUCUUCAGUGAUAUUUGUUCAUAUGAAAUAAAAGAUCUUUGAUAUAUAUGCAGAUAUAUAGAU